GGAUCGGGGGCUGCGCGGGGGCCCGCGCGGGCAAGGAGGGCACCGGGCUGGGAGGGCUGCAGCGACGGGCGUGAUGGGUCCUCGCCGCCGGCUUCGCUGAGACUCGCUCGCGUGGGCUGCCCCCGGCGGGCCCGCAGGGCCGCGGCGGCAUGAAGGGCUCUCUGGGGAGCCCUGUGGCCGCGGCCGCCGCGAUGCAGGAAAGUUUCGGCUGCGUCGUGGCCAACCGCUUCCACCAGCUGCUGGACGACGAGUCAGACCCGUUCGACAUCCUGCGCGCGGCCGCGCGCCGGCGCCAGCAGCAGCUGCAGCGCAAGAGGCGGGACGAGGCGGCGGCGGCGGCGGCCGGGGCGGGCCACCGCGGCGGCAGGAGCCCGGCCGGGGCCUCGGGCCACCGACCCGGCGCGGCCGGCGGCCGGCGGGAGUCCCAGAAGGAUCGCAAGGGCCUCCCGGCCCCCGGCGCGCAGCAGCCCGACAGCCCCGGGGGCGGCUCGCAGCCGCCCGGGACGCGCGCCCCGCCGGGCACCUGGACGCCCCCGGGCCAGAAGCGAACUCCUAGAAGAGGGGAGCAGCAAGGAUGGAAUGAUGGCCGGGGGACAGAGGUGACACUGGGUGGAGCCGAGCAGAGAUCCUACAGGGAAUAUCAACCUGAUGAGACCGAGAGGCAGGCGGACUUCACAGCUGAGAAGGUCACAGAAGAAAAGCCAGUUGACAGAUUUGAUCGAGACAGACCCCUGAGAGGGCGUGGAGGCCCAAGGAGGGGCCUGCGGAGCAGAGGCCGCGGUGGGCCCGGGAACAGAGCUUUUGAUCGUUUUGACCAAAGAGGAAAACGGGAAUUUGAGAGAUAUGGUGGGAAUGAUAAAAUAGCAAUCAGAACUGAAGACAACAUGGGUGGAUGUGGAGUUCGCACCUGCGGAUCCGGUAAAGAUACCAGUGACGUGGAGCCAGCUGCGCCUAUGGAGGAGCCCCCGGUGGUGGAGGAGUCCCCGGAUGCCCUGGAGGAGGGGUCUCCAGCCAAAGUUCCUGAGUUGGAGGUAGAAGAAGAAACUCAAGUUCAAGAGAUGACCCUAGAUGAGUGGAAAACUCUACAAGAACAGACCAGACCGAAGCCUGAAUUUAACAUCCGGAAACCUGAGUCCACGGUCCCUUCCAAAGCGGUGGUGAUACACAAGUCCCGAUAUAGAGAUGAUAGAAGGCUCCUGGAAUAUUUGAAGCAGCUGGCUGAGCUGAGACACCGAGCUCGGUCUCAGAUAGUAAAGGAUGACUGUGAGGAUGAUGCCCAUGUGUUCCGGAAGGCGGCCAAUGACAUCACAUCCCAGCUGGAGAUUAACUUUGGUAACCUCCCUCGUCCGGGGCGCGGAGCCAGAGGUGGCACACGGGGAGGCCGGGGAAGGAUCAGAAGGACAGAGAACUAUGGACCCAGAGCAGACGUGGUGACACAAGACGUCGCUCCAAACCCCGACGACCCUGAAGACUUUCCUGCUCUGGCGUGAGCUCAGCACCGGGAAGAGACUUCUCGCUUGGGGAAGAGACUCGGAACAAUAGAUACUGCUUUUCCCCCUUCGGUGUGAAUUCAUUGCGCUUUGGGGGGAUGGGUGGGUGGUGGGGGCAGAGAUUUUCCAGGUACAGAGCUCUGUUCCAGUCGGGUUAGUCUGGCACUUUCCCACGGAGGAGGAGCGCGGGAUUAUAUUUUUAUUUAAGGACUUACAGGUGAAACAAUGUUCAGACUGCGCACAGAGACUGUCCGUGGAGAGCCUCUCAGUCGACUGAGGAGGCGGAGAGACGGUCAGUAAGGCCGCCGGGUGCAGAGCCCGAAACGGGCCUGCGGUUGACUUGCCGCUGACUAAAUGCUCCUCUCCUGGGAUUGUUCUGGUUUCCACUUGACCAAACAUUUUGAGCAGCUGUUGUGCAGCUCUGGUCACCACUCGGACAGAACCGGGAAGCUUGGCUUUUAAUGGCUCCCCCGCCUCGUGGAGUCCGCCUGUGUGCACACCCGCACCGCGUUUAGUAUCUGAGCACAGCUAGAGUGUGCGUGGUUUUUAGGAUGAGUGUUAAGGAUGUGGUUUUAAAAUUCAUGUUAUUUAACCCGCCAAUCAAAUGAAAAGGGGUCCAGGCGACA